UUUUCAGGUCCGGCAUCAUGACUGACCAAGAGAUGACGGCAACGCAGCGCGAGCUGUAUGAGCAAGUCCAGAAUGCGAGCGGUACACUCAGCAUCCAACGUCAACAGAUCGGCCAAGCUGAAGCGCUGGCAAUUGCAAGAGCACUCGAAGUCAACCAGAGGCUCACCAAGCUCAGCUUAAGAUGGAACGAGAUUGAUGAAACCGGAGCGAACGCGAUUGCUGAAGCACUCAGGGAGAACGCAACGCUCACCCAGCUCGACCUGCACAACAAUCAAAUUGGUGCUUCUGGAGCGCGCGCAAUCGCUGAAGCACUCAGGGUGAACAAGACGCUCACCCAGCUCGACCUGCACAACAAUCAAAUUGGUGCUGCUGGAGCGAGCGCAAUCGCUGAAGCACUCACGGUGAACGGAACGCUCACCCAGCUCGGCUUAAGUUCGAACGGGAUUGGCGUUGGUGGAGCGAACGCGAUUGCUGUAGCACUCAGGGAGAACGCAACGCUCACCCAGCUCGACCUGCACAACAAUCAAAUUGGUGCUUCUGGAGCGCGCGCAAUCGCUGAAGCACUCAGGGUGAACAAGACGCUCACCCAGCUCGACCUGCACAACAAUCGUAUUGGUGAUGAUGGAGCGGAGGCACUUGCCGAAGUACUCAAGGUGAACGCAACGCUCAUCCAACUGCACCUGCGCACCACUUGGAUGUCUAAUAGUGGAGCGCAGGCAAUUGCCAAAGCACUCAUCGUGAACUCGAGGCUCUCCGAGCUCGAUCUAUACGAUAAUCACAUUGGUGAUGAUGCAAAGCAAGCCAUUGCUAAAGCACUGCUAUUCAACUCGACAAUGAAAGGCCUCGAUCUUGAUAUCGAUCGACAGACAAAGCCAUCAGCAGACCUUUUUCUGCAGCUAACCAAGCUUCGUGAAGCAAUUAACGAGUCAAGCGGAACUAAAGAUCUUGACUUGAGCGGACUACAGGUUGCACCGUACUUGCAGACGAUCCUCCAAGGUGUGCAAACCACCCGGAUUGUGAAACUUUGGCUCAACAAGUGCCAGCUUGGAGACGCUGAGUGUCAAGUGAUUGCAACCGAGCUGAGACUGAAUACUUCAUUGACCAGUCUCGAAUUGACUGACAAUCAGAUCGGAGACGCUGGCGCGCUUUCCAUCUCCGAAGCACUGCGAGAAAAUAAGACUUUGCAAAGUCUCAAUCUGACGAAUAAUCAGAUCGGUUAUGUGGAGGAAACAGUUCUGCGCCAUCGUGUGAAUCAGCAGUUUCAGCUACGCAUUGAUGACCAGCGGCGAUCUGGUUCUGUUCGAUGCCAGGAAGUUCGCGUGGUCGUGCUUGGCGAUCCUUCAGUCGGCAAGACCUCACUUGUUAGGGGAAUCGCCGACGGUUAUGUUCGACAGGCCUUCUCCAAUGUGUUUAAUCUUGCCAAAUCCACCGAUGGUAUUGAUAUUUCAACAGUCGUUCUGCGUGAAAAAGGCGAAUCCCCAAUGAUUUUGAUCAUUUGGGAUUUCGCUGGUCAAGAAGUCUAUCUGGUUUCGCACCAGUUCUUUCUUCGUGAACGAACAGUCUACCUGGUCCUGUUUGACGCGCGGGAAGAGUUAUCCCUCAAUUCGCGCCUUGCCUUUUGGCUACGCAGCUUGCACGCUUGCGUUCCCAACGCCGAUAUCAUUCUCGUUGGAACCCACAUUGAUGAUCCGUCAUACACUUCGGAGCGGCAGCAAGAGCAACACCACAAUCUUGCUAAUUUGCUCAACACCUUACAAGAAUCAAGUGUUUCGUUUAAUGUGCGUUCGACCUUCUACAUUAACGCGCGGAACUCUACGGGGGCACCGAGCAUGCCGGAACUCAAGACUGCAUUGUUUCAAGCCGGACAAAAGAUGCCGUUUUACAAUCAACCGGUGGAUGGCCGAUAUCUUCAGUUCAGAGACUCGCUACGGAAGCAAGCCGAUCAGCUGGCCGCCGAGAAAAAGCCACCCCUCUGUCGAUGGCAUGAAAUUGUCAAGCUUGGCCAGUCGCAGAAUCUCAGCGGGCAAGCAAUCGAUGAAUUCAUGCAGCUCAUGCGUUUUCAAGGCUGGCUCGUCUUCCAUCGUCUCGCCAAUUCGGCUACCCCAGGCACGUCCAAUGUUCCCGCGCUGCAACCUGCUACUCUCCUCGCUUCGUUGGACGACAUUGUCAUCUUGAACCCUCAAUGGUUCACGAAAACAGUCCUGACUGGAGUGAUUACCCAGAAACCUCAAGAUCGAUGGGUCAAGGAUGGCAUCGUGACUCGAGAGAAUCUGCUUCGAAACGCUUGGAAGGGCAUCGAUUCUACGAUUUGUGAUCAGUUUGUGCUGCUUCUUCAGCGAUACGAGCUCUUGUACAAGAUGAGCGAUGCCGAUCACCCUGGAGCCGAUUCUGCUUCAAGCGCAGGCACUCGCUAUGUCAUCCCUUCGUACCUGCCAGCCUACAAAUCCGACCCUAGUAGAUGGUCUCUGAAGCCUGCAGCGGGCGAGCCACAUGAAGUUGCUAUUGUGAUGGAGACCAAGUUUUUGCUGGAGGGAUUUUUCGCGAGGCUGGUUGUGCGCUUUCACGAGCGGCAAUUUAGUUUGACGGCGUGGAAAGAUGCUGUUCUGGUCAAUUACGGCGGUCCUCGAGCACUACUCCGUGUUCAUCGAAACGAUUCCAAUGUGCGCCUCGAGUUUACCGCUCGCGGGCAACAUCCAGAGAAACUGCUUCCAACUCUGAUUGAGAUAUUGGACAAGCUCAGCUCGGAUUGGUAUCCUGGAAUCUCGUGGGAAACCUACCUGCGCUGUCCCAUGCAGGUGCCUCAUGACAAACCGUGCAGGUGGCUGCUCCGACCUCAAGUUCGAGACGCGGUGAUUGACAAGAUGAAAAACUUAUCUUGUUCGCACACGCACAUCACGUUUCCAAAGGAGGAAUGGCUUCCAGUUCUCCACUCGCUUUUGCAGCGUCGCUUGAACGCUGUUUCGCAACCUACGCCGGAGGAUGUCGAAGCGCUCCGGCAACUCAAGCAGCAACCGGCACCGGCGAGCGAGAUCCAAACAGCAGCCACGCAAGUUGCAUCACUUGUCGCAGCACAACUGAUUGCAUCUGGAACGCAAACAUUGCAGGAAGUUGGUGCGGCGACCAUCCAUUCUGUUCGCGAAGUCAAAAAGCAACUGACUUCCUCUGGAGUGCAGCAGCUUCAAAAUAUUGCCGCUCAGUCAGCGCAGGACUUGCAGCGUUUCAAUAGGGCUUUGGAUGGCAUCAUCGAAUCGAUUUCAACUGCAGUCAAAUCUGAUCCUGUCGCGUGUGAUCGGCUGAUCCUGUCUACAGUUUUGAGGCGCAUUGAUGAGCUUGCCAAAGCUUUGGAUUCGCGGUUCGAUGCGGCAGAAUCCCUGCAACAGGAGCAGAAAGACGAAAUCGCUCGUUUUUUCACGAGUCAAGUCCAAAUGCAGCUGGACUUGUUGGACAAACCAUGCCCCUUGUUGUUUGUCGUGGUACCUCCGCCCAAGAAGUGGCAUUCCAAACUCACGGAUCUUUACAAGUCAAGCCACACUGCGCACCUGCUAUGCGCUCACAUGGGUACCAACAGCCAGCCCGAGUGGCAUCGUAUCGACCACCAUCCAGGCUACGCCAUUGAAGAUCUUCCCCGUUGGCUCAGGGAUUAUGGUUCUCGUGUUCGAAGUCUGCUUCGGUUGGUGCGUCCGUUCUUGAAGCUGGCCAGUUUGGCCGGUGCACCAAAUGUAACGGGUGCGGUUGAUUCGGCAAUCAAUGCGUUGCAAGACCCGCUCAAAGCUCUUCCGUAUUUGCAGCGAUUGCUCGACCACGCUGAUCAGAAAAACGGUUCCAGCGCGAAAGGAGAGCAGCCGGCGCAUGCAUCUGCUGUUUCCUCAGAAGUACACACUCUUCCCAAGCGGCAGCAAGGGAAUGGGCUGCUUUUCUGUCCCAGACAGACGAGUACAAGUCCUUUGCUGGUUUGGAGCGAGCUGUUGUGCUCAGCACGGGUGAGGUUCGUUGGGUCUGUCCGAAGCAUGCGCAAGAUCCUAUCUAUUGCACCAGCUCCUUCUCGAGCAGUUCGUUCGCUGGCAAUGCGCCAAGCAGCUCUUCCAGUAUUAAUGUUGCAAGCAGUUCCUCCGCCGCGUUCUCGAUCAGCAGCAAUUCCAAUAGCAAUGCUCCAAGCAGCUCUUCCGCAGGCACAUCGAGCAACACUCCCAGCAUCGCUGCCCCUGGCAAUGGUACAGGCAACUCUUCCGUUGGCAAUGCCGCAAGCAGCUCUUCCAACGUCAAUGUUGCAAGCAGCUCCUCCGCGCCAUCCGCUUCGACACCGUGAUACAGGCACGUCGUGCCCUAGUUUCCUUCUCCUCUUUCGUUCUUUUCUUGCUUUCUUUCUUCCAGUUUUGUUUCGUUCGUUCUUCUUUCUUUCGUUCGUUCUUUCUCUCUUGCUUUGUUGUUCUCGCAUGAAAGUGUUCAGAAAAGUAGAUUUCGCAAAAUCUGCCAAAGAUCGA